AUGAAUCACUUCUCAAACUUACUACAAAUAGAAUCACAAAAUCAUAAGCACAAAUUACUUGACGUAAUCUCCAAAUGUAUAAAUGAGGAUGACAAUGAAGCACUAAGUAGAUUACCAAAUAACAAUGAAAUUAAGAAAACAAUAUUCAACAUGAGGAAGGAUACUGCUUUGAGGCCGGAUGAAAUAGGUGUGAGAUUUUAUACCGAAUGUUGA